GCAGCUUUUCCAGGGCUUUCCCUUCCCUCUUCUCAACCAUUAAUCGCUUGGUGGGUAAGAAAUUUUUUUUUUCUUCCGCUAAAUCCUCGUCGCUGGGACUUGAGAAACCUAACGAGGCAAGUGCGUUCUCGUUUCUCGUUCUCACCUCAUUGCUACACGCGAACCUCGGCGUUGUAAGUCAACGGCGAUAUCUAGCGUCGGAGGUGCCCAGACAUUUGAGAGCCCCUCUCUCCGCUACCCGCUUGUGCUUCCGAGUCCCUCGUACUAGCAGCGAGAGCGCUCCAAAAGGGAUAAGCAACAAAACAAGAAACGAGAGAUAAAAAGAACGAACGCAAGGGAAGGCGAAAGAAAGAUGAUUUAUUCGCAUCCUCGGUUGGUGUUCGUCGCCCGUUCCGAAGCCCCGAUCGGAGGAAACCCGGCCGCGAUCAUGGAGCAUCGACGUGCGAACCCACGCCAACGACGGCCCUAAAAAGUCGCCGAAGCUUGUGCCCGUAGCAGCUGCAGCAGGUCGCGAUGUGCGCCCAUCGGCGUCGCGUACCUUCGAGCGGGAACGCGUCGUUGCCUGGGACGCCCGCGAAGUCGAGCUUGUGGCCGUGUUGAAGGGAGAUCUUUCAGUGCGGCAAGCUAGUUCGUCAAACAGAGGUUCGUUCCUCGAGACGAACCCCCGCGGGUCCCCCAUGGCCCACAGGCCAGCGGCGGCGCGAUCCGCAAAAUGACGUUCAAAGUGGGUGACUACGGCUGGGUCUGGGACGGCAUCCAGUGGACCUCUUGGCGCUCGCUCAACUCCGACCGAGACCACCAGCAACAGAAACCGCUGCUGGGCUUCACGCUCUUCAUUUGGAUCAAGCGGCUGAAGCUCGACGAGGCCGAGCUCCUGCGCAACAUUCAGGUGCUCGGCGGUCGCGUGUCCGAGUUUCUCGACGAAGCGGUCAGCUUCGUGGUCACCGACCAGGACCCGACCAAGGUAGGCGCGGCGGCGCCCAAACCCCCCGAAGAACAAGCGCCGCGCUCGCGCGGCCAGCUGAUCCUGAGCCGCGCGCACAAGGGAUCCGAAGCGUCCGCCGAAGACUGUGUCAUCGACAGGGUGCGGGAGGCCCGCAUUCGGCUCUGGAACAUCAGCCAAUUCCUGCGCUGGGUCGAGGUGCAACUCAACAUCCAGCCCGCUGCUUCGCCCGCGCUCGAGCCCGCCGCCGCCGCAGCGACGUCCCGCAAGCGCAAGGCGUCACGCCUGCCGCGACCGCUCGUCAAGGUCGAAGACUUCGAGCAGGAGUUCAAGCCCGUGUACAAGGUGUUCAAGUCGGAUCCGUCGCUCUACAUCAACUCGCUGUACCCGUCGAGCCCGUUCGACGACCCCGCCGUUCAGGAUCGGUACGUGCAGCUCAAGAAGUCCGGUCGAGCCAUCUCCGGCGAUUCGGACUGUUCCGACAAGGAGCCCGCCGUGACUGGGACGGCCAACAAGCCGCAACAGGGAGCCGCUGCAGCCGCCCCGGCACCGCCGGCCAAGCACCAGUACUGCGAGUGCUGCAAUGCCUACUUCUACAACCUGCAGCAGCACAUAGGCCCCGACGGGGCGCACCACCGUGAGUUUGCUCUGCGCGAGGACAACUUCGAGUGCGUGAAGGAGCUUAUCGACUGUUUCCCGAGUCUGGACGACUUUGUCGGCAACGGGGAACAUGGCGUAGACAAGGCGCUUGGUGACAUGCACCCUUCGGCGUACCACUUUGCCAUGCUCAAUGCAGCCGGUAUGCAGGCGUCUGCCGCUGCCUACCACCGGCCACCACCUAUGCCAUUCCCGACGAGGCCCACUUUCGACCCGGGACAAGUGAUGGUGAAGCAAGAACCGCAAGACGACUCACCGCCCAGCGCCAUGCACCAUUCGGGACUGCUUUCCAGUGUAGGUGAGGCCAGUGCAGCCGUUCCCCUUGACUUCUCACGGACGAGCCAGCUGUCGGAGAUUUGUGGGCAGAGCUUCCCUCGGGAGUACAUCCACCACCAUCAGGGCCCUCCAGCAUUGCCACCACCGCUCCUUCCGCACCCACCCUACCUUCCAGACAAGGCUGAGGAGCCACAGUCGUGCUGGAUGGCGGGAGGUGCCAAGAUGGACUCUGGUGGCAGCGUGGCAGCCACAGCAGCGACUAUGCCGCCUCCACCGCCACACCUGUCGCACCACUCGCAGGGCGUGCCGCCGGUGUCAAGUUCCCACCACCUGUCACUCGAAAACCUCAGCUUCCUCGACCCUCCGCAGCAGGAUGCGAUGUUCACGAGUGAGCUUCCGCAGCCAGACUUCUCGGUUGGCCUGCAGAACCUCCUGCACAGCAUCUGUGACGAGACCGAGGACGAGAAUGGUCAGAGGAGAAGUGGCGGCUCGCGGAGCGUCGACGGCCACAAGGAGAGCUUGGAGAAGGCCGUGGAGGGCGCAGCUGCUCCCACAUCUUUAGUACCUCAGUCACAGCCUCAGCAGCAGCAGCAGCAAUAUCCUGCGUGGCCCUUCUCAGACCCACCAUCCAUGGCUGCAGAGAACGCAAGGUGUCAGCAGCAGCAGCCGUCCAUGGAGAACUCGUCUUCAUCGCCGCUCGAGCUGACAGCACACACUCCGUCCGAGGCACCGCCGUCAUCCACGUCGAAGCAGACGGCGGCUCGAAGGAGACACAGCCGCGACGACGAGGACGCGACCAGCAAUGGCAUGUCCGAAAGCAACCCCAAUCGCUGGACUGUCGAGCGAACGCGGCGAGGCGUCGGACUAAAGCUGAAGUUCACACCAGCGCGUAAGCAGAGCUCUUCGCUGCUGAGUCCCCCAACCCCGGUGCAGACGACUCCGCGGACACCGAAAGCGGCCAAGAGUGCUGGAGGUGGCGGCGGCGGUUCAUCCUCGUUUGACGUCUACGACUGGAAUGAGGAGGAGGAAGGUGAGUGUUCGGACUUUGUUAAAGUCCAGUGGCGGGUCAUGCACACCGAGGACACGAAAGUGAUCCUGUGCCGGACUAAGCAGUUUGCGCUCCCGCGCAAGCACGGCAAGGGUGUGGGUGGUGGCAAGCAGCUCGUCUACUGACAUGUGCGGUCGAACGCUUGGAAGUUGUGCGCAGUUUUCCACAUAUUAGGGGUUGCUGCUUUGCCCUCGAGUGUAACAUGUGUGCAAUGCUGGACCUCCGAUGAGUGCAGCAUUAGUGUAACAGUGAACUACAGAAAAUGCAAUAUCAUCAGUCCACGAGUCAGCAACCACUUUCUUCGUGGUCACAGAGCCAAGAGCGGUGUGUCCACGUCGGACUCUUAAGAUGCAUCUUCAGGCAUCUGCACUUCUUUCUCUGUUCUCAUCACGGUCACCCAUGAAGCCUGCGUCGCACUCGCUGUAACAUUUUGUCCAUCAGACAGCUUCAUGCAUACUUCUCUGUGAAAGUGGACUGGGGUUCCACCUACCGCUUUGUUGCAGCAUGACCCCCGGUAUAUUGAAGCUCUGAAUGUUUAAGGGUGGCUUUUGCGUAAGAUUUUUUUUUUUUUUGUGAGGGUUGCGCCCAGGUAUUCCUGUGUUCCCAAAAUCGACAGAGGCUCCCUGUAAUAGAUCGUUCCUUGCAGUUUUCUUGCAAGGAACGAAUACCUGGGCCCAGCUAGCCACAACAAACCUCGUGUAGCAUUAACCAUGAUAAGCUCCUUACAAAACCCCUCUCAUCAAGUUUACGUGUUUUCUGCAACACACAAGUCAGGUAAUACUCUCAGCUAGGAAAGAAAAGCCUAGCUGUCUAUACAAAAAUGCAUUGUGUGGUGUUUCUUUUUGUUUUUGAGGUGAACAAAACUUGUCGUUUUUUUCAGUCGCUUUAAAUUUGCAGCAACUGCCCCGAUCACAAAGUUUAUGUUGCUUAGAAUUUGCGGCAAUGACAGCAGCCUUCCGAGGGUUCAGUUUAGAUUGGGUAUGCAUUGUCAGAUAUGGCAUCCGAUAACAUCGUAGCGACCGUGACCGUUGCAAUGAGCUCCUUUGUCGCUGGCUUCAAGUCAUUCUGUGGUUUGUACAGUGUGUGUCUAAAAGCUGUUGUGUGAGGCAAGCAGUCUAUUGCUUUGUGCAGAGGCUUUUUAUCUGCAAAACAAAGAUGAAAAAAAAAUGCUUGCUUGCAUAUCUAACGUCACUGUGUGUGUCUCUCCUGUUGCCAAGAGCAGCUUGUCACAAAUUAGUGUCACAUAAAAAAGAAGAGCUAUGCCAAAAUUGGACUUGAUGUAGCUGUAAAUACGGCUCAAUUUUUUACUAGCAGCAUGCACACUAAACCUUCACCAGGUACCUUUCAGCCCAAUGUUUUUUAAAAGCAAAAUUUUUUUCUAAAGCUCUUAUUACAACUGAUCACAAAAAUUGAGAUAGGAUCUUAUCUAACAUGCCACUGAUGUUCUUCCUUGUGCAAAGCCUGAUAAGUUUGGAUCGAAUAGUGCAGCUGCAUUCAGACAUUUGUAUUCCUCAGAUGUGACAAGACCUGUGCUCUAGGUGCUGUUGACUCAGAUUAUCUCUCAAGAGGCUGUACUGGCAAAAGCUGCAGAUAACGUCAUGCCCAUCGGCUGAUAUCCCCAUAUGCGUUCUACGCUUUGUGUGUGCAGUUGCUUUGCUUCGCUGAUUGCAGUGUCAAUCUUUACCCCAUCUUUUUUUCUUUACAAUUGACACGGUUGCUGACAGCUUGACAGGUGGCUUUUGUGCAUUUGUGUCUGCCCUCUGGUGGCAGCUGAAACAUGACAUUUGUCAAUAGUGUUGUGUUUGCUGUGUGGAAACCCUUCCCAUUGGCAAUACGCAUUUCUUUGUUUUACCGAAAUCUGGCCGUUCUCGUAGUAAACAGGUUGUUGCUUUAUAAAACUGAUUUGCUUCACAGCUACCACAUCAAUGUUCAAACUGAUGUUCAGGCUGAUAUUUUGGCUGAUGUUCAGGUCAAUGUUCAGGUCAACAUGGCAUAUGGUAGCAGUACUUUAAAUGAUUUUUAAACUCCAGUUUGAUGUGGCAUAUGAUAGAUGGUUCUUUGUUCUUUUUUUUAUAUCGGCUUGAUCAAAGAAAGUGGCAACACUGAAGUCCCGAUUUUCAAGUCAGAAUUAUUAUGAAAUGGCCAACUGACCACCGUCACAAGUUUUGUUUGCUCAUGGUCACCGACCUUUGUAAUACAUUCAGGCUGUGUAAAAGUUAUGUAGUGGGUGCUUUGCUCCGACUAGGUGAUGUACCGCCAAACUAUCAGCUUGACUGCAAAGACUGAAUUUCUGGUCAGUGGUGAUCGCAGCUGGACAUGCAGAAAUCCGAUUGUGGUCACAUAAAAAAUGAGCAUGCCAGGCUGACUGUGUAUUGGGGCAAACAGAAUUAUUCUGUGGGUUGUCAAGGCGCCCUUAAAUUGUCCAUUGCCAGGCCACACCUUUAUUAUACAAGCGUUAAUAAGUACCUUUCUUGCAGACUUCAUGUUUGCCUAUAUCUUUAACCUUUUCUGGGGCAAAUUUUUUUAAUGAAGUGAAAAUUUUAUAUUACGUGUCUGAAUGACAAAAGUUGGAGAAAUAAAUGAAAAAUUUCCAGUGGGAGUUUUUGGCCGCAGAUUAUUUGAAGACCAUGUUUUUUUUUUGUGCCACCCAAACCAUGCUGUAUGCAGCAGGCUUCAAGAAUAGAGCAUAGAGGCCUAACUCCAUUUCAAGGAGAUCCAUAUUUACCUGCGGCACAAAGUCUAUAAAUUACGUAAUUAGCAUAGGGAAAACAACGGGAAAUUGGGAGAUGUAAAUUCGAUUCAAUGAUCAAAACGAGAACAAAGUAAAAGCGGGAGCGAACGUUUCGACUUGUCGGAACGUUCGCUCCCACUUUUACCUUGUUCUCGUUUUGCUCAUCGUAAUAAGCAUAGGUGACGCUCACAUUUCUGAAGAUAGUUUUGCUGUUUGUCUUCCUUGGCGGCAGACAUUUUCUGCCAAACAUUAUGAUUUCUGCAGGGAUUAUCGGACCAGAAAGGGUUAAAGAUGGCCGAAGCAGUGCUGAGCCAGAAAAUUUCAACAAUUUCACCAGAAUUUGUUGGUUUAGUAUGAAGUAUCAAGGUUGAUUCAGUGCAGCAUUUGUAUUCGCCUUCUCUCUGCAUUGUGGACGCUUAGCUAAUGCGGCUGCAACAUCUAGCCAGUGAACGCGAUCAGCGAGACAUGAGCCUGCUGCACGAGAGCUCAUCCGACUCUGUUCUCUGUGUGCUUUUGUUUCUGUUGUUGUUUCUUUUGUUUGCUUGCCUUUUAUCAUGUGCCUGGCUCUCUUUUCACUUCCGGUCACAACGUGUUCCCUCCAUAUUGGCAUUGUGUGUUCUCACUCCUUGCAAAUGCCUCUCACGUGGGACAUGCAGCCUAGAAACGAUGAAAUCACAACCGCAAGGGAGACAGACAUUUUCUUGGUCAAAAAGCGAAAGGAGAUGCCUUGGCACAUCUGCUAGUCAUGAGAAAGUGGGACCCACACGAGUCCUGAAAAAAAGAAAGGGAUGUUUAACUAUGCGAGUGAGGUUUCUGCUACUUGUGUUUAGUUUUUUUUAAUUAUCUACAUUUCUGUGUUAUUUGAUUGAUUGAUUGAUUACCAUUUCUGUGUUACUUUCUCAUUUAAACUUUUUGCUGGUGUGAGGAAGCCACUGAAAAAAUUGGCAUGUUCGACUGACAAUAGGGGGUGUCGAAAUCCAUGCCCCAGCAACGGCGCCCUCUAGAUAACAGAUGCAGAUCUCAAAGGCUAUGCUUUUGCCAGCUGUACGCGGCAGAAUUGACGCGGGUGCUGGAAACAAGUCAUAGCUGUUGCGUUUUUAAUGCACUCUUCGACCAAGUAGCUAACGUGCAGACGACAGAAACAUGAUGGAAAUCCAGUCAACGUUACCUUGACCAAUGUCGGCAAGAACGCACAAUACUCACGAGUUUAUGGUGGUUCCAACUAUGCUCAGUGCUUAAAUGUUUGGCACAUACUAUGAUAACAGUGCGCUUUGCAAGCUCAGCCUGUUUGUUCUCAAAAUGUUUAGAUUGUUUUAACACCACAUUGAAGCAGUCGUUCGCCGUAGAAGAUGGUGACAACGUUUAGUGAGUAUGAGACAUCCACUGAGUCGGGCUAUGGAGUGGGUAUAUUGAAAUUAGGUCACUAAACUGUUGAUUUUUCAGAUUUGAGCUACUAAAGCAAUCCUUCGUGGUCGAGUAUUUAGCUUCUGACUCAGCUGCCUUACUUCAGUUGGCACCCUUUGGCUAUUCCUGGCGCUUGUGCCAAUAAAACCCAUAUGUCAUCAUCUUACUUCAGUGGUGCUCAAAUGCUCAUUAGAGUGACUCUGAAGAAAAAUAUUUGGUUGAGCUAAAUUGGUAGAUUAGAAUCAACCAAUCUAAUUUACAAGGUCAGCCUCAUCAUGAACUAUAGUAUGGCAAGCCAUGAAAGACAUGAACUAAAUACAGUUGGCGACACUUCUUUCAAGCAUCCGCUAGGCACCAAAGAAGGGUCACACUGGCAUUUCAAAGUAUGUUAGGAUUAAACCUCGUGUCUUUUGGAGUGUCUCUCCCCUCCCCCAACACACACCCACAUUUGGUGUGUGUUGGGGGAGGGGAGAGCUGUAUAAAUGCUACCAAGGAAUGCACUUGUUGUAACUAAAUACAGUUGGCGACACUUCUUUCAAGCAUCUGCUAGGCACCAAAGAAGGGUCACACUGGCAUUUCAAAGUAUGUUAGGAUUAAACCUCGUGUCUUUUGGAGUGUCUCUCCCCUCCCCCAACACACACCCACAUUUGGUGUGUGUUGGGGGAGGGGAGAGCUGUAUAAACGCUACCGAGGAACGCACUUGUUGCCCUGAAAAAUAUUAAAGUCCUCUUGGAACAUUGGCUCCAGCCUGAGGCAUCCCUUGUUCGGCCACUGUUAAUCUCCUAAACUUUCCAUCUUCCUGUGAACACUAUUUUGUUAGGGUGCCCUCAUUAGUGUUCUUUAGGGCAUCUCAGUAAAGCUGGCAAUGACGCAACUGCCUGCAGAUUAGCAAAAGCUAAAGUCUUGUCCUGUACUCAUGGACAGCUUCAUGUGGCAAUGAACAGAAAACUCUGGAGGCAGAGUACAUAAGUAAAAGCACUCCUGAUAAAGUCAUGCAUUCUCAUCCACCUUAGUCUAAACUGGGGAAGAGAAAACUUAUACAUUGUAUUUGCAAGAGCAAAAUGAGACUAAGUACACCAGUGAGGGAUAAAUUUGACUUUUCACAUUUGGGCAUAUGUGAAACUGUCGCAUAUGGAAGCUAUGCUGAUUCAGUAUCUGUUUCAAGAAACGAAAUGCACUGUCAUACUGUGCCAGGCUACUUGGCUUAGUAACACAUGCAUACAGAAGCUCCAUCCCUCUUAUAGUUUUCCCUCCAUUGCCACAGGAAGCUGUCUGUGACUAUAGUAACAAAAACAAUUUUUUUUUGUUUAGGGAAUCAAAUUGUUUGGAAAAUUGUAUGCUAGUAACAAGAAAGAAAUAUAUUUUGAGAAAUUUAAUGAAUAUUUGUCAAGUCAUGGCUGCUGGUUCUGUACAAUUUGCCACCGGAUUUGCAGCCACACAGCUUUGAAAGCCACCUGUCUUGCAGUGUAAGAUGGGUACGUGCCUGUGUGCUUUGUUGCGUGCAGUUAGAGAAAUGUAAUUCAAUUUGUGCAGUGCUUUGUGCCAGAAAGAAAUGUUUGCGCUUGUUCUGCAGGUUCAUUUUUCAGCGAAAUGUUGUGCGACUGCUGCUUGGUUCUCGAUUGUGGAUUUGAAAGUUGCGCUGCAUAGUUGAUAAACACGACCACGCACGCAGGACGAUGCCCAUCAACUUGCAUGUGUCACUGUCUUUCUUUAUUACCAUGCAGUGUAACCUCACGCCAGCGGUCUUAUUCUUGCCAAUAGUGCAUAGUCAGCACGAGCCAAGAAUUGUGUUGCCAUGGGGGAAAAAAAAAAAAAGACUAUCAGGGAGCACGACGUCAGGCCUCCAGCUUUGGCAGGGCAACCUCCCCUGACCUCACGCCUCCCACCCUUCCAUCUGUGUCUACCCGCAUGUUGACUCUUGGAGUUUGCCUCCAAGAGAGUAGAGACCCCUAAAAAGUAGGCUGGCCGCCAUGCUGCCAACUUCCCAAUAGUAUUUGGGUGUCCUUCCAAGCACCUGCAACUCUCGUAGUUGCCAAGCGCCUGGCCGGGGGCACAUUUGUACCUAUUUUACCUGUGGGUACCCGGUGCCAGCACUCAUCUGUCGCCGGGUGCCGAACAGCGGUGGAUGCUCGACUAUUUAACCAAAAUUGCGGUGGGAGAAACGGCUCCCAGGGGCCUUUGCAGAUCUCUUUAGGGCCCCCUUUUGAGAUGACAACUCUUGUAGACUACUGAGUUGUCUUACAUCUCUACUCACUAGAAGAAAAAAAAAAUGGUGAGUUACUGGCGGCACCAGAAUUUGAACGCAGUAUGUCCCACAUAUGAGGCGGACGCUCUACCAUUUCAACACCACUGUGGUUCUAAGAGUCAACAUGCUGGUUUCGAAAGGUUUUUUUUUUUAAGCGCUGUUUGGUUUAUAGUAGCUAUUAGAGAUUACAAUCACCUUUCGCCACCCGAUCUCUCCUCUCCCCUUUUCUCCGUACUUUCAGCGUUAUCGGCAGCUUGCUUAUCACAUGAUGAGCAUUUAUUUCCCAUGAACCUUUCCUUUGCAUACUUUUUUUGCGACAACUUUAAAAUUGUCACGUGAUGCUCCCUCCUAGUCUUUUUCCUUUCUCUGUGUGUGUUGGGUUCCUAUGUUGGGCUAUGGUCUGGGUGAGCUGUUUUCAUUGUGCUCCAAAAAAAAAAAAGAAUGUUCCGUCUUAGUAGCUGAACCUUUCCUGGCAUUGCUAAUGAGAGUGCCUGGUACAGAUUGGCUGCUGUUUUUAGUUGUUUUGGCCUGAAUGAACAAAAUUUUACUGAGAAGAUGCUUUAGCUUGGGAAUUUCUGUUGGGAUACAAAUGCACAGAGAUAUUGUCUUGCUCCAAAUCCACUGAAGUGGUUUUGGUGAAGCUUGGGCCAUUAUAAAGAGGAUGUUAAUCGCAAACUGCGUAGCUGUAAAGAAAGAGACUUCACGUUCAUAUUUGUGCUUGUAUUUCGCGGUUUGCCUAGGCUGAAAUUUUGCGGUUCUGAAAGAAGCGGCCUAAUCCGGUGCUCACUAUGAAAAGGAGGUGAUUGAGUGUACAGAGAUGCGCGGUGACAUGCAUUAGAUUAGCACAUGUAUUUGUGUGCUCCUGAGACUUCGUGUGCAAGCCUGCUUCCUUCUGUGCUGCUUCCCAGUCUUUUGAUGAAAUGUUCGUUGCUUCAGUGAAAGUAGCGGUGGUGAGGUGCUGGCGACGUUCUUCUGGAGACACAGAUGUCUUCGAAGAGAUUUGGAUGUGCAAAUGUCUUCAAAGACAUUUGUGCCUCCACAUACGUUUGGGCCAUUGAUGCAGGCCUUUAAAGGGCCACUAAACAGAAACUGUAAACCAGACCAGACUGGUUGGCUAUGCUUUUCAAUCUCUCGGUGCGUUUGUCGCCGCAGUACAAUUUGUGGAGCAGAGAGCUUUUGCGGGAAUGCCACGGUAGUGCCAUCGCCACCUGUAUUUUGCCCUUUUGGCACCGUCUUGGGCACUAAGACGUUGGUGGAACUAACACAUUUGGCACUCAAGAGGCGUAACCUGCCAUGACCCAAACACUAGAGCGUGCAAGUGGACAAGAUUGGAGGAGCGUAAAAUGGACAGAAGCGCUUCUUUUACGCUUCUCCGUUUACAGCUACUUGUGCGCUGUAGUCUUCAAAGUCAUGGGUAACUGACUAUGCCUGUUCUCAGCAUUGCCAAGUAACCUACCAGUCUGGAUUGGCAUGACAUUUUCUUUGGUGCCCAUUUAAAAUCACUGUUCCUGGUCAUUCUUCAUUCCAUGGUGUUGCAACUUUUUUUGCUUGCUUUGUGGGCUGGCUGUGUGGAUGGAAACAUAAGUGUUUCAGACAAAGAGUGCUGGAGGGAUACCCACAAAUAAGUGUUCACAGAUGUUGCUGACAUGGCAGUUAUGUCAGCAUGGGGAUGACUGAAAUCAGGCUUACAUGACUGUUGGCUCCGUUGGGCUUGAAGAGCACUUGUGGCUGCUUAUGCUGAAUUUCUUGCAGCUUGCCUGUCAUGAGAAAUUCUUUAUGCAGCAUUUAGCUCGCUUAGACUUGGAACUUACAAGUGACUACUAUUUGGCUUACUUUCAGAACUUUCACCAAAACAAAUAGUUUGUACGAUAAAAACCAAGCUAACCAGCAGCGUCUGUUGCUGUUUAUAUGUUACCUAAACUUUAAAUGCACAUGGGAUUAGCCCCCUUCAGAAGCCAGUUAAUUCUGUCAGUGAAAAAGAAAAUAAAGAAAAUUUCUUCAAACAUUUUCUUGCAAGGUAGGAGCAUGGGAAGGACAAAGUAACAAUAGUACAUAAAGGUAACGCCACGAGUGCUGGGCUAACAAUUGAGUAUUACUCAAGGAAUGGCAAUAUGUCUGUACACCGCAACAGCACACGAAGCAUGCGCUGUUGUGGUUUACACAUAGGCUCAGAAUAUUGGUGUGAUGAGCAUGAAACGAAGCAGCCUCAUAAACAUGCACAAAAAAAAAAAGAUAUGGCAUGGCAUCUCGAGCUGUCUACUGCAGCGCGUGGGCAGAAUAUGCAGAUCUGCGCAGGAACUGCAGUUCUUUAUGUAAAAGUACUAGAGAAAAGGCGCCGACUCUACUGUCUUGCAGCCUUAAAGAUUUCUUUGGCCUCCAAAAUUUUGCAUGCUGUAUUGUACCAGCUUCAAGAUCAUUGCCUUUUCGAACUCUGGCUUGCAGCCGCAGUACCUGCAGUGAAAGUACCUGGAGUGCCUCGAAACAAUGUGCGCUAUGUUGUACUUAUGUUCCCUGACCCACUUACUGUGGCUGGAUACGAUAUUUCGAAAGUGCUAUAUUCCAUUUCAUGCAAAACAGGCAACACUGCGAAAGAUAGUCUUCUCUUGUCGCGUACGAAAGAAAGAUGUGUAGGUGUGCAUCAUGUAUUUUGAUGCAACAUUUAAGUGCCGCACCUUUAUGUCACAAAGUAUGACCUAAUUAUUACGUAGAAGGCGUUGCAAAUCUGAACGGAUUUCUCUCACCACUUGAAUUUGUGAGCAAGAAAUGGCGCGUCACAUGCAAAAGCCAUAGUUAUGUGUCAUGUAAUUUGACGUCUCUUAGUUUGAUGUAGCAAAAUUAUGACAUUUAUUAUGUGGACAGUGUCACAGAUCUGACUUUAUUUACCAACCGAACAUGCGCAGCGACACAGACUGGAGGCACGAGGGUGCACAAGUAUAACGCUCGAUUUGAUGUAAUUUUACGUCCGCAAGUUGUAAUACGCAUGAAGUACUUAUUCUGUAGGAAGUGUUGCAGAUCAAAAAAUAAAAAUAAACCGCACUUCAAACAUGCGCAGAGUGAGACUUGCAUGACCUCACUAGUACUUGCUAGUACUACUUGGUAGUACUAGUCUCCACAGCUUUGCCUGCUUAGCAUGAGACGGAUCACAGUCGUCGUUGGCAGUAGUUCGCCUUUGCCAUGACGUCGAAGAAAUUAAAAGCAAACAUAAUUAGCUAGCAUAGGAGCAUAUUGGCAUUCUUACGUUGUUGCUGAUUAUGGAUAUGUUUAACCGUUAUGGCAUUACCAAACUGUAUGGCUUUCUCUUUGUCAAUAGUUCUUUUUGUAUUAGUGAAACUUUACUUUAGGCAUCCCUAAACGACAUCAAAGGUGGCCAAAUGGUUUGUGGCUGCUAAAGUUUGAGAAACAUUUGCUUAAAAGGGGCAGACAUAAAAUGUAAUCUCAAAAGCGUCACGAGAGAAGCCACAAGUGCUGUCACUCCUGAAUGAAGCACGGACACAUGGUAACCAACUGCAAGGCGCAUCCGCUAGUGCUACGUGUUGUGGCACGAUUCAUUUGUAGACGCUUAGUUUCAGGGUUGCGGAGCGCAUUUAGUGCCCAGUUAAGCUACGGUCACGCAUCGUACUACGUAUUAUGUAGUUGAGUGUCAGAUGUGUUCUGGUCUGUUUCUUCCCAUUUGUGUUUCGCUCCAGCAUUAUGGAGUGCAUUUCCCAGCUGAGUGAACACAAGAUCAUUGCACACUUUCCGUAAUUUCCAUCCACGCACUGCCCUGUGGUAGCGUCUGUAAACCUCUGUGGCUGAAAGCGCCAGCAAGUCUCUGGCAUACACGGGAUGGCCUUUCUUGGCUGCUCAUUUUGUGUAAAAACAAACAAACAAGAUGAACGAAAAAAAUGUGGGUGGGUGGGGAGAGGGAAAGGAGAUACGUGCUUUGCAAGCGUGCAAUGUGUGUCUUGUAGUUAUCAGACUUUGGAAACGGUUAUCUUUGCCACAAAUGCAAAUUUUAUGCCCUCCUGUGUUAUUUGCUGCUGCUGAUGUCUUGACUUCCAUGGCCAUGACUUGUUGUCAAAGUGUGUGGCGCCUGCUGCGAGUGCAAAGGAUGAAUUGACUGUAUUCUUGUAGGACGUGUUUCAGAGGGCUGUUUUGUUUAUACCGCAGCAUUCAUUUUGUAGUGCAGUUGUAUAGGCUUUUUUGUUAAAAUGUUGCGUGUCGCUUUUGUAAACAGCGAGUCAGCAGUGGUAGCUCAAAGCAAAUCAGAUCUGACUAUAACUUAGGUCACAGGACUGGAGAAAGCGUAUGCGCGACAUUCAAAUCAAAGAUAUGUGCACUGUGUGGUUCUUUGGCACACACACAGGGAUGAAGGUGAAAUAAUGCUUUUUUUUUCAGUAUGUUGUUAUAGUUGCAUAUUACUACUCAUGUUAUGUUGUCUGUUAAAAAAAUUGCUUAGGAAAUAAUUCAAUUCUUCACUGCUUAGUUUCUCUAUCGCCUUCAAACUGCUUUUAUUUGGUACCACUUGUGGCCAUGUAUAUUUAUACAGCAAAGCUGAGCAUCAACUUCUCAUUUUUAAGUUAUUUCGUCUUUAGUACAUUUCACCGUUUUGUUGCAUGUUGUGUAAGUUAUGACUCUUGACAUCUUUGCUUGCGUUUGAGAAGCGUUCCGCGUUGUGCACAGCGCGACGCAGAUGCAAAACUUGCAUAUAUUGUAGGAAUUUGUUCACUCCUGCAGGUUACUUUAGAAAUUACCGAUCAAGUUCCGACGAACAAAUUGCAGUUUUCUAGCUGCAUGCUUUCCUUGAAAGAAAGGGAAAGGAAAAUGCAAGACUAAUUUUAAGUUUGAUAGAACACAUUGAACUCAUUUAACGCAUAAAUUUUUUUCAGGCGAGAGUAGCAAAAUGCUAGUGGCUUCCAAGGUGAACAAUGCAAUUAAUUUUUACCCUUACUCGAGUAACCACGUGUAACAGCAUGACACAUUAGAGGUCUGUUUUGGUCAUGAUUUAAGCAGUUACAUCAUUGUGUUCAUCUGCAGUUUUUCAACUAGCUGAACACUGUUGAGGUUCAGAGAAUGUGCAUAGAAAGAGGAAGUUCUUCUGCUAUUCCAAUCUCUAGCAAACUAUACAUCAAACAAGUAAAAGAGUGUUUUGCCAAAAAGAAAGGACUGAAAUUUUGUGUGUGUUUGUGUGCAUGCAGUCGCAGGAAUGGUUUCUAUGUGCCAUGUGUGUAUCAUAAGCAUAAAAAGUGUGUUUUAAUCAAUACUGCAACACAAAAGAUAUAUUACGUUUCACGAUGGUGUGCCCAUACGUGCGAGAAACAGAACCAUUCGGACUGCAGGUUUUGGUCUCCAAACGCCAUUGUGUACAUAGACAAACGGUGCCGCAAAGACGACCUGCUCAACGGAGAGCAUCUGUAACUCGCUACACAUUUGUGGACAAAAAAAAAAAGAGAGACCUUUGUCGCAACCUUGUACAUACAUACUUGAGUGUAGUGUGCUGUUUUCCUAGUGAUGCCAUCAUAGUAAAUAAAGGCUAGUUUGUAUCACAAAGUGGCCUGGAACCAA